AUGCGGGUGAAAAGACACAAGAAUCAUCGACGCAUCCUGCGCUUCUUCCGCCUGACAUUUGGCAUCCAGGAGCCGUAUCAUGUUCUGGUGGACGGCACCUUCCUCACCCACGCCCUGCAACAGCGGAUACAUGUCAAGGAGCAAUUGCCCAAGAUGCUGGAGGGCCGCACAACCCCGAUGACCACAGGCUGCAUUCUCGCAGAGCUGCGGUCUUUGGGAGACCGUGCCCUUGGGGCGGCGGUCAUAGCAAAGGGGUACUACCGCGUAAAGUGUGGGCAUGACGAGCACCCGAUUGGUGCCUCCAAGUGCAUCCUCGAGCAGAUUGGUCGGACCAACGACAGGAGGUUCUUCGUUGCAACACAAGACCCGGAGCUUCGUCAACAGUUGCGGGGCGUCCCGGGUGUGCCUUUGAUGAGGCUCAAUGGCCCUGUGCCUCAGUUGGAGGAGCCUUCCGACUCCACGCGACGCCUGGCAAGAGAGGGCGAAGAGAAGAAGCGCGGGCCCUCUGCGUGGGAGAAGCCAAAACUUCCAGAACUGAAGGCCAAAGAAGUUCUGAGAGAAGCCCUGGCCGCAAAGCCCAGGGCAAAGAGGAAGCAGAAAGGAGUGAACCCGCUCGCUUGCAAGAAAUCCACGAAGACGAAAGCAGGUGCACUGCCUUCAAAGCAACCGAAGCAAAUCCCCGUGGAGCCAAAGACAAAGCGUGUGCGCUCGCGGCGGAUGGGUAACCGGAGCCGCGUGGAGGUAGAGGCAGUGCUCGCCAAUGUGUCCGAGGCAACGCCUGCUCAGACGGCAGUUGCAGCUCCGAUGAAGAAGCGCGGUCGCCGCUGA